ACACACACAUAUAUAUAUACACACAUAUUUUUGUUAAUUUUUCAGUUAAAUUAAAAUGGGUGAUCACGAAUAUUUUGGAUCAAAUGUAUAUGUAUCCAAUGAAGAAUUAAUCGAAACAGAAGAAAUUUCUAUGGAAGAAAAAGCCGGUGAUGCUUUUCUAAUUGAAUUGUAUAGAGCACAUCCAUUUUUUUAUAAAAAGGGACACAAAGAUUAUAAGAAUAAGAUUGUUAAGGAUAACGCCUGGAAUGAAAUUUCUAAAAUAAUGCAGAAUAAAGAUUAUGGUAAUUUUUAUACACCUGAUUAUUGUCAAACCAGAUGCACAUCUCUGAGAAAUCAAUAUAAUCGUGAGAAACGAAUCUUAGAGAGUCAAUAUAAGACCCAGUGAGAAAUAGUACAUCGAAUCGACAUCGAUUCAACAUCGAAAUCAUUAUUUCGAUGUCGAUUCAACGUCGAAUUGAUGUCGAAUUCAUUACCGUUUCUCGCUGGGGAGUGGAAGUGGUCCUUCAUCUAGUCAUAAGCCCUUUCCAUUUUAUAAUCAGUUAACUUUUCUUGACACUCAUGUCAAGAGACGAAGGUUUGCAGUUAUGAUUUAAAAGUUCUUGUUAUAAUAUUUAUUUACAUUGUUUUACUUUUAGAACGCAUAAUAAUAUUGAAGUGAAUAAAAGUUUAAUAUCUUCUACACAUUGUCUGCUAAAGUAUUAAGUGAAAUUUUGAAAUCCAAUCCAAAUGAAGUACUUGACAAUGAAAAGUCAAAUGAUUCCAUAUACAA